AUGGACGCCGUGACUGUGUUCAAGCUCGUAUCCAUUGUGUGCAUCUGGGUCGUAGGACUCGUGGGUGGCCUGACUCCUGCAUGUCUGGCCUCAAGGCAUGACAAGUCAUCCACGCUAAGUAUCCUCAGCGCCUUCUCUGGCGGCGUUUUUUUGGCUGGCGGUUUCUUCCACUUGUUGCAUUCUGCUAUCGAGAACCCGGCGCUGCGCAAAUGGUCCACAGAGGACGAGGGUCGCUACGAUUUCCCAUACGCCGAAAUGUUCUGCACGCUGGGCUUCCUCGCUCUCUUGCUACUAGAACAAGCGGCACAGGCCAAAAUGGACGCCAACAACGAAGCUGCAGCUCAGAGUUACAUGCCUGCCAAGAGUGAAGACGAAGAGGAGCUACACGGGGCCACAGAGAGCGACGAUACGUACCUCGAAGAUCUAGACGAAGAAGAGCAGGGAUUGGCUAGCAAUGUGCGACGCAGCUCGGGUCACUCGCACUUUGGAGGAGCCCACAAGGAGCCAGAGGCGGGCUCGAUGGCUGUAGCUAUGGUACUGUUCAUUGCUCUGUCGUUCCACUCAGUACUCGAAGGACUGGGCAUUGGCGCCCAGACGGAGACGGCGUGGGGCGUCUUUAUGGCGAUUAUCAUGCACAAGGGACUAGCUGCCUUCGCUCUGGGCUCCGGACUCGUACAGAGCGCCAUGCCAGCGACGCACGUGAUGCUGUACAUGGUCGUGUUCUCGUUCAUGAGUAUCAUUGGCAUUAUUGUUGGCUGGAUCAUUGCCGCCGACUCGUCCGAGGACUCGGCAGCAGCUGGCAUCUGCGUGGCUCUGGCGUCUGGGACAUUCAUCUACGUGGCCGUCAUGGAGGUCAUCCCACAGGAGUUCCCUCGACACAGUCAUGGAGGGGGUGAAGACCACGGCCAUCACAAGAAUACGAUGACGUUGAAGAAGUCGAUUGCACUGGUGGCUGGUUACGCAAUCUUCGGUUUGCUCGCUAAGUGGUCGUAA